UGAACUUGGCUUGUGAAUUAUUUGAAUCGGACGGCGGCGGUGGCGCAUUCGGUUGAAUCGUCGACGAGUUACCAAGCAAGUUCUAGAGUUAAGGAUCCUCACACGAUUAUCCCCUUCAUCUUUGCCGGCGAGCCGCGAGCGCAGCGAACGGUCCAAGGGAGAUCGGAUGGCGGCCGCAGGUGCCGGAGAACGCAAGGAGACGGCCGCCGGCGGCGGAAGCCACCUCCACAGCAAGACCCUCCUCAAGAGCGUGCCGCUCUACCAGUACGUGCUGGAGUCCACCGUCUUCCCGCGCGAGCCCGACUGCCUCCGCGAGCUCCGCCUCGCCACCGCCAAGCACCCCAUGGCGGUCAUGGCGGCCUCGCCGGACCAGGUGCAGCUGUUCGGCCUUCUGAUCGAGCUUCUCGGCGCCAGGAACGCCAUCGAGGUCGGCGUGUUCACCGGGUACUCGCUGCUCGCCACAGCCCUCGCGCUCCCUGACGACGGCAAGAUCGUGGCCAUCGACGUGAGCCGGGAGAGCUACGACGAGGUGGGGGCGCCGGUGAUCGAGAAGGCCGGCGUGGCGCACAAGGUGUACUUCCGCGUCGGGCUCGCCAUGCCGGUGCUGGAUCAGCUCGUCGCCGAGGAGGAGAACAGGGGCAGGUUCGACUUCGCGUUCGUGGACGCCGACAAGGCGAACUUCCUCGGCUACCACGAGCGGCUGCUGCGGCUGGUCAGGGUCGGCGGUCUCAUCGCCUACGACAACACGCUGUGGGGCGGCUCGGUGGUGUCGGAGCCGGACGGCGCGCUGCCCAGGCUCACCAGGGAGUUCAACGCCGCCAUCGCCGCCGACCGCCGCGUCCAGCCGUGCCAGCUCGCCAUCGCCGACGGCGUCAUGCUCUGCCGCCGCGUAGCCUGACCUGACUGAAAGGCUGAAACAAUGAGAAAGUGUGUGGGCAAAAAUGAAAACAAAUAAAAGUUGCCAUCUUUUAGCACAAUGAAACGAUGAAAAAGCAGCCAGUGGUGCAGCCACAGAGAAUUCUAGAACAAGAGGUUAUCUAAUAAUCAAUUCGCUGAUUUAUGAACA